AUGCAUUUCACUUGCACUCUGGUGGUUUCUCUCGCCUCCACCUUGGUAGGCAGUGCUCAGACAGCACCAUUGACGUUGCGAGCGUCAUCCCAUUAUCCUGGAUUCGCGAAGCUCAAGUCUCUCUUCGUCUUCGACACUCAGCCCUCAAGCUCUGCGUAUCCCGGCCGCACGAGCGCCAACGGCCCCAACUGGAUGGACCUUCUCACAGUGAAAUACAACGCCUCGUCGCUGCUCACUUACAACUUCGGCGCCAGCGGUGCCACCCUCGACACCUCGAUCGUCGAGUCAGGGCUUGACGUCGCCCGGGAGAUCUCCGAAUAUUUCGUCCCAUACUAUGCAAACUCAAGCUCGGACUUUGAUUCUGUCUGGGAGACUGACUCGACGCUCUUCGCCAUCUGGGUCGGCAUCAAUGACAUCAACAAAUCGUACCUCGCGCAGAAUAAAUCCAUUCAUCCGCUGGUCUUCGAGCGGUAUCGCGAACUGGUCGGCGAUCUGUACGACCUUGGCGCAAGUGCUGCUGAGGAACGUAUUCCGAUCGAGCGGACAGCCGUCAAGGAUUAUAAUAGCCGAGUGGAAGCGCUCCAGAAGGAUCUCCGGGGGAAUUAUGAUGACGUGACGGUGUUCCUCUACGAUACGUACUCGUUGUUCGACAAAGUCAUCGACGAUGCAUCGCAGUUCGAGCAGACUAAGGGAUACAAGGAUACGACUUCGUACUGCUCGGCGUAUCAAAAAUUAACCAUCUUCGUCAACCGCCGAGAGCGGCGACCCUCGAAGAGCAAAAGCGACUCAAAUGACAAGCUGCGCAAGCUCGACGCCGUCUCGCCCACGCGCACGCUGGAAGAAUGGUGGUCCAAGGCGAAAGGACCGCUACUUCCCUCCGACUGUGUCGACGGACAAUUUAUGUGCGUUGUCUGCCUCGAGUCGGUGCUACGUUCCCAAGAGAUCCGCGAACUCAAAUGCCUGCAUGUUUUCCACAAGGAGUGUCUGGAGAAAUGGUACUUGCAAGACCAUUUCAACUGCCCUCUCUGCCACCGGGCCUAUUAUAUUCAAGAGACCCAUCCCAGUAAUGAUUUUGUAUGGAUGGUAUGA